AUGUCUUCAAUUGCUCUCACCAGUCUCAUUUCUUCUACCAAGCAUGUUGUUGCUACCUACCCUGUUCUCUUGGUCGUGGGCCUGCUGGUUGUCUCGUUGCUCUACAACAGAUUCAGACCAGGACUCAGAAGCAUUCCCGGCCCUCCAGUCGCGGCCUACACCAAGCUGUGGAGGCUGUAUGACGUCUACAAAGGACAAGCUCAUAUGACGGCCAUCGACCUCCACAGGAAGUACGGCCCCGUGGUUCGCAUCGGACCCAACCAUGUGUCCAUCUCCGACCCUUCGCUGAUACCCGUCAUCUACGGGAUCAAGGAGAACUUCACAAAGUCCGCCUUUUAUCCGAUCCAGUGUGUCUCGUGGAAGAAAAAGCCCGAGAUGAACCUCUUCUCGACCCGCGACCCAGAAUACCAUCGCAUUGAGAAGCGCAAGAUCGGAGCCGCGUAUAGCAUGCCGAACCUGUUGCAGUCAGAGGCAGCCAUCGAUUCCUGCGUCACUCUGUUCAUGGAUCGCCUCGAUGAAUUUGCGUCCAAGAGAGAACCGGUGGACCUCGGUGCCUGGCUCCAAUACUUUGCCUUUGAUGUCGUUGGAGAGGUCACGUUCGCGAGCAAGCUCGGGUUCCUCGAGCAGGGUACAGAUGUCGAUGGUAUGAUGAAAGCGAUUGAAGGCAUGCUCACGUACGCAGCACUCUGUGGCCAGGUGCCUGAACUGCACCACGCCCUCCUGGGCAACCCGCUGUUCACCCUGCUCAUGCCCGCCAUGGAGACGUGGAACCAAGUGCUCGUCUUCACUCUCAAGGCGAUCAACGGACGGGCCAGCAUCAAACGAGACGGCGAGUUGAUCAACGCCGACGUCGAGGGCCGUGACAUGCUGAGUCGCUGGGCAUAUGUCAAGUCGUCGGACCCCCUGAAGAUGAGCACGCGGGACAUCGUGGUCCACCUCUCGACCAACGUCUUUGCCGGCAGCGACACGACCGCCAUCGCCCUCCGCGCCAUUGUGUAUUUCCUCUGCCGCCACCCCGAGUGCAUGGCCCGCCUGGUCGAUGAGAUCGACAGCGCGGAUAAACAGGGCCGACUCAGCCACCCCAUAACCUUCAAGGAAGCCACCACGGUGCUGCCCUACCUCGGCGCCGUCGUCAAGGAAUCCAUGCGUCUCCACCCCUCGGUCGGCCUGCUCAUGGAGCGCCACGUCCCGGCCGAAGGCCUCACCGUCCACGGCCACCACAUCCCCGCGGGCACGAUCGUCGGCAUCAACCCGUGGGUCACGAACCGGUCAGCCGUCUUCGGUCGCGACCCCGACGCCUUCAACCCGGACCGGUGGCUGACCGCGCCCGAGGCCCAGGUCAAGGAAAUGGACAACAUCUGGGAACUGAACUUUGGCGCCGGCAGCCGCAAGUGCAUCGGCCGCAACAUCUCGUGGAUGGAGAUCCACAAGGUCGUCCCCGAGCUGCUCAGGCAGUUUGACGUCGAGCUGACGUACCCCGAGAGGGAGUGGCAGACGUGUAAUCACUGGUUCGUCCAGCAGGACGGGGUCAUCUGUACCUUGAAGAAGAGGUGA